AUGCCAACUCCACUAGAUAACGCGAUGAAGUCCAAGAAUAUGUUCUUGGCCUUCACCGGCUUGAUCACAGCUGUCGGAGUCUGGUCAAUCUGGGGCGGGGACAUGUUUCCCCAAUCAGAAGAUCCAAAAGGUGAACCCGAGACGUGGACGAGAGAAGAAAUGAGGAGAUGGCUGGCUGCACGAGACCUCCAUCCACAAGACGGUGACACAAGGGACCAGCUUCUUGAGAGAGUCAAGGCCAAUCUCCGAAUCCCGCGGAAGGCGAACCCUUGA